AUGAAUGAUGUAAACGCAUACAUAAUUAAUGUUUCCAGAAAGUUUUCAUGAUACCUGAAUAUGAUAAGUAAAAUCAAAGGAAACAACAAACCUAAAUAAUAUCCACCCCUAUCUUUAACAAUGUCAUAAAAAUAUUUAUACAACAUAAUAACGACUCCAUACAUUUCUUAUUCUGUGAGAACAACAUCCCUUACGAUUGGGGUGUGAACCGUUCCGAAGGACUGGAACCAUCAAAAUUAAGAAAAUAACACUAUUUUGUAUAUAAAUAAGUAGUUAUUAUAUUAAAUAAAGGUGUUUUUGACUAUAUUUUAUUAGUGGGAGUUAGGAAUUACGUGAAUUUUGUGCGUGAAUAGUAUUUUGUUGGUGACACUCAUAGCCUGGUAUACCGCGACCAUGGGUGUAAAUAAAGAUCUCGCGAUGAGUCCCAAAUCCAAUAUGCAACUCCGUCUAUCAUAAGUCAGCGGGCGAGAGCGCUGAGCGAGCAAGAUAGCGCGAUGCACCCAACCAGUAGGUGACGCUGUCGUCUACACCCGCGGAACAUGUCAUGGGACUCCAUCGAGUCGCGUGACUUCCUAGGCGGGGUGCCGGCGCACCAGUUGUCGGCGACACGUCUUCUCAGCUCUCCUGAUCCUUCCAGACACCAUCUCGAUGAGCAGCAAGAGGUAUACCCGUUCUCGGAGGAGUUCCGAGGCGGGGAGCCCCGGAACGGCGCGCUGCGCUGGGGCUCCCGCUUCGGGCCCGCGCACCGCCCGCCCGCCGCCGGCCUGCUCGACUGCUUCCGCGCCUGCCGCUCCCGGCUCGACCAGUACCUCGCCAGGAGGAAGAUCGAGCGCGGCGUCCGCCUAUACGGGCAGAAUGAACAGCGGCUAGCGGUGAAGGUGUGGCUCUCGGCUCUCCGCGGGGUCCGACACCGAAGCGACAAGUUUGCGUUGCUCGGACAUCUCUACCAGGCGUAUAUGGACUUCGGGAAAUACAGAGAAUCCUUAGAAUUCGCCAACCGACAGCUGGGCAUAUCCGAGGAGUUGGACUCCGCGCCAAUGAGGGCUGAAGCCUAUCUCAACUUGGCGCGAGCACAUCAGACCCUGGGCGGAUUGGACAGAGCCCUGUCGUACGCUCGCCAAGCCCUGUACAACGACUGCGGCGGUGGCUCAACAGCGGGUUGUGUUCACCUGACGGUAGCCGCUGUCAGCUUAGAGCUCGGCGCCUUCUCCAAAGCCAUGGACGCCUUCCAGAAAGCUCUAGCCGUGGCACAGGCGCAGAAUGAUAACACGCUGUUACUGCAGGUAUACGUAGGUCUAUCAGAGCUGUGGCGGCGGCUGCGCGACGCGGAGCGCGCGGUGGCGUGCGCGGCGCGCGCCUGCGACCUCGGGCGCGGGCCGCGCGCCGCCGACCUCAACACCCGCCACCACAGGACCGCGCUGCUGCAGAUGGCCGCGGCCUUACGGGCGCGGGGGGAGUUGGGGGAUGCGCAUGAUUAUUGUAAUGAGGCGCUUCGACUAGCAUCAGUGGCUGGCGACCAGGGUUGUUACGCACGUGCAGUUCGCAUCGCCGGCGAUGUCUAUCGAAGGAAAUGUGAUAUUGGGAAGGCUCUCAGGCAUUACGAAGUAGCGAUGGGUGCAGGACAAGCGCUAGGGGAUCGACUAGCUCAGAUGGAAGCUAUGGACGGAGCAGCAAGGUGCUUAGAGGCGCUGCGGCUGCAAGGCCGGAUCUGCAACUGUAGGCCUUUGGAGUUCAACACCCGGUUGCUGGAAGUGGCUACGUCGGUUGGAUCUAAGAUGUUGGUCCGGCGCGUCCGCCUGCGCCUGGCGGAGAUCUACACGGGGCUGGGCGACGCGGCGGCGGCGGAGCGGCAGCGGCGCGCGGCGGCGGCGUGGGCGGCGCCCGCCUGCGCGCGCUGCCGCCAGCCGCUGGCCGACACGCCCGAGCCGCUCGCCUCGCUGCCCUGCGCGCACAUCGUACACCACGCGUAUGUGCUACCCAAUUAUAAGCUUAAAAUAUCAAUUUAAUUUUUAUUGUAACUAUCGUGAGACUGAUUCAUUAUUAAAUGAUGCAACGGUUUACUCAAACGCAUUUAUUGGGGUUGCCCGACUAUUUUCUAACACAACCGGAGUCCUUCAUGAGCUGACGCGGCGGGGCUCAUGAUUAAUGACUUGUGUCUGGUUGCGUCAUUUAAUAAGCAAAUGACUUCUUAUUAUUUUUAUAAUAACUAUCGUGAGACUGAUUCAUUAUUAAAUGAUGCACUGGUUUACUCACGCGCAUUUAUUGGGAUCGCCCGACUAGUUUCGGACUCAACCGGAGUUGGUUGGAGGACCCAAGGACUUUAGUUGCAUCAUUUAAUA